CAGUGUCGAAGUGGAUUUAAUAGACAGUUCCGGUCUGAAUUUUGAAGAGAAUACACGAUGUUGUCGACGUAUCACUUGGCCGUAAUCACGGCUGUGCUUUUUGGGUUUCUGCAACUCCAGGAUAUGGUAGUAGCCAGAGUUACCGGCCCAGUUUAUCGUCGUCCAAACGCCACAAUAUUUACGCCCGUCCGCACCCAUAACGGUGGGUACAAUCACUCGACUUUUGGGCCCGGGAACAAAAACUAUACCCGUGCUGUAGUAUCGCCCACUUGGACAGUGCCAGCGAAUCACCAACCCGCUUUCCAGGCUUCUGGACUUACAGCACCUUACAAUCGAACUGCAUUUGUCCCAAAUGGCUGGGUAUCCAGCAAUAAUCAACAGCAAGGAGUCCUUCCAAAUGGCUGGAUCCAACCAAACCAGCUCCAAGGUCAAGUCGGGACACCAGCACUUGUCUACGGCAAAGGCAACGGAACUGUUUAUUCAGCGUACAAUCAAACAGCCCAUGGUGCUCCGCAAAGCGGGCCUGUAGUCAGUAAAAGACCUUACUCAAAUCCUUAUGGAAACCUUUCUAUCUGAGCAUUUAAUUAACUUCCCCCAAAUAAAUCACCAAACUAUUACAUUUUUUCAAAAAACAAUUUAUUGUGCAUUUGAAUUGUUGCACGUAAUCAAAUCAUCGGCAUAAAUAUGGUUGCGUUCCGGUAUUCCAGAAGUGUAAAUUAAUGUGUGUACAAAUGAUGAUUUUCCCAAAUAGGGGCUAAGUCAGGGGUGUGGAUAUUUGGGGCGGUGAUUACGCCGAUCACGGCAUCAAUGAAGUAUAUCAGCUUUGAACUAUUAAUAAACGGAGUACACUGCAUAUACAUAUGUGCAAUGCGACGACUGACGUCAGGAAAAUUGACUUGGAACUCAACCGAUGAUCUUUAACCGAAGAGGGUCCCACGCCGCCGUCAGAAGUUCCCACGCCGCAGUCCUGGAGUCCCACGCUGCAGUCAGUGCCCCACGCCGCAGUCAAAAUCCCAAUGAGUCCCUCGCCGCUGUCAAGUCCCUCCCUCGCUGCCGUCGUUAUUUUGCAUAUCCCCCGCUGCAGUCAGAACAUUCGAAUCCCUCGCCGUCUGCCUCCAUCGCCGCAGUCAAUUUUGUUGAUAUAUUUCCCAGCCGCUUUAAAGAGUAAUAUGCCUAGCGCCCUCGCCUAAUCGCCCUAAUAAUCCCACGAUGCAAAUCUUGGCAUCCCUCGCCGCAGUCUUUAGUCUCCAUAGGUCCAUCGCCGCCGUCAAGAGUUCGAAUCCUUCGCCGCCGUCCUAACUUACUCCCACGCCGCAGUCAGUCGUUUGAGUAUACAUUAUCCCACGCCGCAAUCCAAAUAAAAAACAAUUCUCCAACAAAUCUAUAAUCCUCACGAAGGGGUCCUCUUAGAGAAAAAUAAUUCGACCAGUGUAUAGCGAAGACAAAUCAGAGUGCAGUCCAACUGCAACAUCGGUGCGAAGAAAGGGUACAGUUCGGCCAUCAGUGCCGAGAACAGCAAAAAAUGAAGAACAAUCCCAAGCCAGUAGUACGAGAUUAAAAAAACGUUUGCGGGUCGAUAGAAAUGAUACUUCCAGCUUAUGUGUUGCUCCAAUUGCAGUUUAUGAAGGAUGAUCCAAAGGGGGGUUUGAGAUUUCUCAUAUCAAAAAUGACCAAAGCGUGUGUGCUCCUACGUCGGAUGGUGUUGCUAGUCUGUUCCAAAUAGACCCAGGACGAAUUUAAUGACUUGGAGCCCAGUGAAUACGGGUCGAAAGUAGUAGGUGCAAAUUCGAAGGUAUUGAAUGUCAACACUGCCUGUGCCUCUGUGUGCUGCUGUCACUGCUCUCUGCCUUGGAACGGGUCUUGAAAGGGCCUCUGUAGUUCGAAACGCCACCGGACGCAGUGUUCACUUCUUACAGCUCUCACUGCCAUGGAUUUCGCCUUAAAAGUGGUUCUGCUGUAUCUGAUUCUGGCUGCUACUUCUAGACUGGACCGUCUAGCCUAGGGAAUUGGUAAUCCUGCUGCACUCUUCAGCGAAGUCGGACGUCUGGUUUGACUCUUAAGGCAACGGUUUACAAGUCAUAGUAUACAUUACAGUGUU